UACUCCCAAUUUGCACCACGUGACUUCGCCUCGAGCGCUUACUGCUUGUUAAAAAUCGCUGCGACAGACCUAAAGUAGACCGCUCGUUGUCGUUAGCCGAAAAUACCGUCUACCUAUCAGCUAAUGGAGAAGAAACAAAAACACGGAGGUGGGCAGGAAGUCUCAAUGGCCCACAGCGAGCUUCUUUCCGGUUAGUUAGCGUUCUUGUACCUGUCAUGCCGAGCCCUUAACGACUGCGGGUAGAGCUCUCCCGAGACCGUGUCGCGUUUACAGGACGCUCUUCGAACUGGAGUCCUGUGAUGUUGAGGAGUUGGGCUAUCAGAAGAACCUUCUGGUAAUCAUUCGAAGUGCAAUUAAUGGAUGCAUGCUGUCAACCAGCUUGUUUCAUUUUAGGGCUGUGGCAAGCAUCAGUUGUAAGGCAUAAACAGGCACGCGUAGAUGUCACAUUCAGUUAACGCAGGAACGUCAACAGCUCCGCCAUCUUGGGGAGGUCAACCUUUCCUUUAAAAGACGUUUUUUAAAAGCAGCGAUUUACCUUUGACUUGAACGGAAUGCCUCAGAACUGCGCGGCCUACGGGUGCAAGGCGAGGAGAAACCUGCAGACGAGGAAAGAAGGGAUCACUUUUCACAAGUUUCCUACUGAUCCUAUCCUCAAGAAAACCUGGGAGUCUGCUCUUGGGAGAGAGCGCUUUUCUGCAAGUUCCUCCACGGUUCUCUGCAGCCAGCAUUUUGAAGAGGCUGAUGUGGACAGGACCGGGCAAAUUGUGCGCAUUAGAGAAGGUGCUGUUCCGUCUGUUUUCAGCUUCCCAGCACACCUUCAGAAAAAACCCCUGGCUAAGAGGAAAACCAAAACAUCCCAGCGGGCUGCUGUCCCAUUUGAAGUAACAGCUAAGAUUGAUGUUGGUACACCAGAAAGCCUACCUUGUGACGAACACUUGUAUGCAGCGCCCCCUUCACCAGACAGGCUGAAGGACAAGCUUACGCAGGCUCAGGCUAGAGUGGAAGAACUCCAGCGCCAACUCCGCAAUGCCAAAGACAGAGAAAGGAGGUGCAAGAUGACUUUGAAGAGUUUGUUGGUUGACUUAAAGGAUAGGAAUCUCAUCACUGAGGAACUGAAACAGAAACUAGGCCUUUAUUCAGAUAUACCACUGGAUCUGCUGUGAAGACAGACAUGCCUAAAAGCUGAACGUGGACGGAAUUCAACACAAAAAGCCAUCCUCUGAUAAUAUGUCAGAUGAGAGACAUUCCACAUGAGUUUGUUGCUGAUUAGUUUUGGUAAUGAAACUCUGUGAGGCGUUGAUGGUAAUACUUUUGCAUCUUCACGUGAGUAGUCUGACACUUCUACAAGUUAAAGCAAUACCACAUUGCCAAAGUGAACUCGGUACAACUGUAGUCUUGCAGUUUAAGAAAGACGCUGUGCAAAGUGUUGAAUAUUUCAAGGAUUUUUUUAACACUUUUGACCUUGGUUGGGUUUGUGAUUACACUUGCUGGCAACAGUACAUAAUGAUAAAUGUUCAUAUUAAUCAUUGUAUUUAAUUCAGAAACAGUUGGUUACGUUGUACAUUUAAAGUAAAUUGACAUCAAAAAGACUCAAGAUGUGCACAUCCAUUGACAGAUUGGUAUUUGGACCACUGGUGCCACCCAGUGUAGAUACUAAUUGUAUUAUGAUGUGAAAAUUAUAACAUUCUACAGACAUUUUGUAAUAAAUAUUCUUAUGAAGAUUAUGCUAUGCAUCUCUUGUAAGGAUUCGGAACCCGGUUUGGGUAAGCCAUUGUCACUGGGGUUGUAUCCUCAUUGGGUAUGAACAGUGGCAUAGGUAUUUUUUUUAAUGAAAGUAUGGAAGGCCAUGCUUCUCUUAUACUUGAGUUUUCAAUAAAAUUAUUUUUGGGUUUCUGCUCAGGA